UGGCCUCGCGCGGGUAGGUUCGCCGCCGCCCACAGCCCACCAGGUCGCUGGGGCCUCCCGGCGCCGUCGCCGGCCGCUCGAGCUUCCCCGUGCGGGUCCGCGCUUCCGCUCCCCAGCGCUUUCCCGAGCGUCGAAGGUCGAUUCAGCGCUCUCACCGGAGCUCGUCCACGCCCCCUUGGCCCUGCGCACCACACCUUCGCCGGAGACCGCGCGCCACGCUGUCCUCGAGCUCGUCCUCUCGGGAGACGGCGCUUCACGCCCUGCAAGCGGGACGACCCCGUCCCUUCGUUUUGUGCGGGCAGCCCCGUCCCGCAUCUACUCCUGUGGGACGAGCCCAUCCCACUUCUCCCCUCAUCCAAACGCCAGCGAGAAGAGGACCGUCCUGUCGUCCCGUUACGGUUCGUCUCUCCACCCUAGUUCCCCAAAUCGAGGCAUCGAUCCAUCGAACCCUGCCCGGAGACGCGGAAUUUCGGGAGCAAUCAUAGACACUAGACAGGCAUGGCGAUCGCUCGGACCGGCGUGUACGUCGACGACUACCUCGAGUACUCGAGCACCCUGGCUGGCGACCUGCAGAGGAUUCUCUCCACCAUGCGCGAGCUGGAUGACAGGGCACAUGGCAUUAUGGGUCAGACCAAAGAACAGAUAAAGUAUAUUCUGGGAGUAUCAUCCCAUGGGUAUGACAGGUCAAACAUGGAUGAUGACGAGUCGGAGAGGAUGAAGAAGGACAUUGAAGCUAGCCAGGACAAUGCUCUGAAUCUUUGCACCGAGAAAGUCUUACUGGCACGCCAAGCUUAUGACCUGAUAGAGAGCCAUAUAAAGCGCCUUGAUGAAGAUUUGGGCCAGUUUGCAGAAGAUUUAAAGCAUGAAGGGAAGAUACCUUCAGAUGAACCUACAGUCCUUCCUCUAGUUCCGGUGGUUAGCAGAGAUGAGAAAAGGAGGUUUGGUUUUAGUACGCCUCAAGCAUCAAAGAAAUUUAGAGAGAGGGAAUGGGACAGGGAAAGGGGUAUGGACUUUGACUUAAUGCCCCCUCCAGGUAGCAGCAAGAAAGCGGGUACAUCUAUGGAUGUGGAUCAAACAAUCGAUCCAAAUGAACCGACAUACUGUAUAUGCCACCAGGUUUCAUAUGGUGACAUGAUUGCUUGUGACAAUGAGAAUUGUGAAGGAGGCGAAUGGUUCCAUUACACGUGUGUGGGUCUGACACCAGAAACGAGAUUCAAGGGGAAAUGGUUUUGCCCAACAUGCAGGACACUUCAGUAAGGUUCUCCAAGUAGAUUGGUGCAUCUUUGCUCAACAGCACCAAGGCCAUGGGCGCGAUUGGAACCUGGAAUGAUAUACAAGGGGUAAUCGUUUUGCUCAACAUGCAGGAUCUUCAAUCUGAGGUUGUCAUGUGUGAAGAACUUGUCACAACUUGGUUGCUCGAAGUUGUUGCUUAAAGUGAGUUAACAUAGAGACUUGUCCUUCAUCUCUUGGCGAUGUAUAUACCUGGCACUGAUUUUCCUUUUUUGGAAUAACUUAUGGUCAGAUUCAGAAAUGUUUGUAGUUGUGAUACUUAACGCUGUGUGUUCUUUCGACAUUGAGGAAUUUAGCAUCAUCACAUUCGACAUUGAGCAAUAUCUUAUUAUUGAACAUCGUUGUCAGCAUUUCCAGCA